GGGAAGGGCGGGGAGUUUGGUUGUCUUUGAUUUUAGUGUUGAUUAUGUCAUGGGAUUGUUUCGAUUGUUUGAAGGAUAUAAUCUGUACUCAAUGGGCGUUAGUUACUUUAGUGCUUUUGUUGUUCGCAGUCUACAUAACCCCAAAAGUUCUGGUUAUUGUUCUAACGACAUUUCUUAGUAAAUUUAUUCCAUGUAUCCUCACCGUUCAAAGGUUUGGAUUUAUUUGGGCACGUGGGGUUACUCUCACUUUCAUAAACGGAGAGUGCAUGUAUGUGGAUUCUAUAUAUUUUAGCAGUAGCUUAUGGAAUCCUAAAGCUAAGACUUUGUUGUCUGCUUGGAUAACUGGUGCUAAGUUUUGUGUGACUGACACCGGUCUUUAUGGUAUUAUCAAAUUAAUGCAGCGCAAAGGUGACGGCAUCAGAACCCGUCUGAAUAAAGGCUUUAUGUCAUGGAAAAUAAGACUGGUUUCGUUCAUUUCAAUUGAUAUAUCAUCCAUACAAAUAGUAGUAUUAUCGACCACAUUUCUGGAUGAUGCUUUAUAUUUGAAUUAUAAAAAGACUGAGGAUGGUGCACUCAAUAAUAACAGUAAUAGAUCUGCCUGUCAUCAUUGCUUAAUUCAUAUCAAUGAUUUAAGUGAUGUUUACCAACCUAUUCAAUUUAAUCGUCGAACAAGCUUCCGUUUGAAUAAAACUAGUAAAUUGGCUUUAACUCUACGAAUGACAAAGUUAAGAAUGUUAUUUCAUAUCAGUAUGAGACAGGCUCAUGUAAAUCUACAUGUAUCCCAUAUUUGUGGAAAGUUACUAUGUAUACCUGUGUUCAUGGAAACUUGGUUAAGUGAUGAUUUAUUCAAUAAAAAUUGGAAUGUUAUCUUUGGAAACGCUCACAUAUUGGGUCAUCUUCGUUUACAAUUGUCCACUAAUAUUUCAUUGGAAUGCCGAAAUUUCAAUAAUGCAACACUGUCAUCAUUAAAUGGUUGGUUCGUAAAAUCGGUCGAUUUAAAAUUGUAUGGACUACGUACUGUAAUUUUAGAAGAGCUUAUAGAUUUGUUGAGUUGGAAACUUUAUACAAAUCAAACAUCUAUCUUAACCACACAAACGUCAUCGCUCGCAUCAACGUGUCCUCAUUGUCAUCAGUUUACCAUUAAGCAUCAAGAGGAUACUCUACAAAUGCUGGAGCAUUCAUCAUUUCCUUUUAAAAAUAAUAAAUCUUGUUAUUUAAAACAAACAUCAGAGAAUAUUAUAUCUGAUAAUUCAUUAAAAUCAAAUUUUCAAUGUGUUCAACAAUAUUUGAAUUCCGUAAAAUUGUGCAUUUCGUUCUUACCGUUACAAUUGCUCAGCUUCAAUCAUAAUCAUCAUUUUGAACAGAUACAACCACAAUUCUCCUCCCCAUCAUCAUCAGUAACAAGUUCAGUUGUACCUGAGAUGGGAUUCUAUUUUGAAAUAAUUAGAUAUUCAUUUAAAAGAAGUCUCCAAUUCUAUUUCACUUCGUCUCAUUUAUCUAUGGAAUUCAAUGUGCCUAAUUCUAUAAAAUGUAAUCAAAAUGUUGAAACACUUCAGACGACAUCUGGUUUUUACACAUCAUUACAUUCAUUAUCUUUACCAAUAUCACGAAUAAUCCCAUCAAAUCUGUUGAAUGAUGAUAAUAUUGACAGUAAAAUUCUAUUUAAUCAUUUCAUUUUAUUAAAUUUUCGAUUUUGUUUGAAUGAUUUACGCUUAUUAAAUGGUUGGAAUUCACAGGCUAAGCAUUGUUUAUUAGAUGCUAGGAUAUAUUUAAUAGAAGCAACCGAGCAACUCGAAUCAACUAUUUGUAAUCUUUAUUUGAAUAUUUUACACUCAUCAAUAUUUUAUAUACAUGAUAAUAUAAUGGAAAUGAAUUUUUAUAGAAAAUUAUCAUCUAUCUGUUAUUUGUUUGGAAUAUGGUGUAAAACAUUAUAUGAAAAUUAUAAUUCUAUUAAUAAUCAUUCAAUUAUACCUAUAACCAAUAUUGAGUCACAUAAUUAUCCAAAGAACAAUACAGAUUCAAAACAGUUUAAUUUUAUGGCACAAGAAAGCUUGUCUAGAAGAAAGUUCUUUCGAUUAAUUGAGUAUCUUGGUUUGAAUACACGUCAGUUAAAUGUACGUAUUUACUUUGGUGAUGGUGGUGGUUCUCGUAUUGCAGUACGUAACAAUAACAUCAAUACCGGUAGUACUAGUAUUAUUCAUCAUAAUGCAGAAGGAUCUGGAGCAACUGACAGUACUAUCAGUGAUGAUAAUUCUGGCGGUGGUGUUAUUACUGCAGAUUGUAAAUCAUUGAAUUGUACUGAUGAUUUUAAUACAGAACAACGCUAUCCUGAUCAUAAUCAGAUUGGAAUGAUGGGAAGAUUGAAAAGUAGAAAAAUCCCAAAAAUUUUACUUGUACUCAUUCCUCAUUUAAAGUCACCUGGAUUACAGUUCGGUUUUACAAAUUCUCUUGUAAAUCUUCAAUUUGAUUUUCAUGAAUUAAAUCUGAAAAAACCAUUUGAUUUGUUGAAUCUAACCGAUUUAAAUUUAACGCUAUCGAAUUUUCAUGUUUGUUUAUUGGAUAAAAUUCAUGAAUCUAUUGUUAGUGGGACAGAUACUUCACAGGCACCGUCAUCAUCAUUAUCCUGUUUACAUAGUCUUUAUUCUGUUCGUUGUAAUCAGUCCACUGUUAUUUACUCAUUAAUACAUGAAUUGCCUACUUUAAAUAAUCAUCAUUGGGAUGACCUGUUCUAUGUACAUGGAAUCGAUAUUUGGAAUCACAAAUAUCAAAUUAGUUUAAAAUCCACCAUAUUGCAAAUAGAAUGGCCAUCAUUUAAAAUGAAUGAAUUAAUUAAUUAUAUACAUUGGGAUUAUUCAAAUGAGAAUGUUUAUCAAUGUUAUAAUAAUCAUGUCAAGAAAUUGUCAACAAAUCGAUCCUCUUCAAUUCAGUCUUAUUUUACAGAAAAUUACCUGAAUAAUCCAAUUCAUUUUGAUGGAUUUUUAGAGAAUAUCAACAUUUUUUUAAUAAACAGUAAUAAUUCAUUUCUUAUGCUACGUGUAGAUAGUCAACGUUUUAUUGCACAAUUUCGUUCAAUUAAUCCUAUAUAUCAACCAUUGAAAUUAGACAGUCUAUCACAGGUCACUAUAACUGGAACUAAAUUAGUUUACAGUUGUAAUAAGACACUGGACAAUGGUAUGGACACUGUAUCUUGCUGUUCGUCAACAUCAGCAUCAUUAUCCUCAAAUUCAUCACCAUGUCGUUAUGCAAUACUAUCUAGUUGCCAUAUAAAAAAUGAUCUGGUUUUGUCAUUACCUGAAAUUCAUGUUGAUGUUAAAUUGCCCGAACGAUCUAUUGAAAUUUCACCAAAUAAUCAAUCGUGUGAAUUCAUCUGGUCACUAGGAUUUCAUUUGUGCUAUUACAAUUUAUUACAUUCUUGGAAACAAUUCCAUAGGAAGUUGUUCAAACAGUUCAAUACUGUAUCAUUCAAUAAUUCAUCAAAUACAAGUGGCCAAUUGUUAGUCCCUACAAUCAACAAUACUACUGCUGCUAAUACUAUUGAACUAAAUAGUAGUAAUGGUUGGCAUUUCAGCAUAAAACCAAUUCAGUCAUACUUUCAAUUCCAUUUUAAACUAUUAACAAGUAAACAUUUUAUCAUAGUACGUGUAAAAAAUACCUCAUUUCAAUAUAAUUCAAAGACAAUAACUACUACUGACAGUAACAUUAGCAGUAGUAAUGGCAGUAAAAACAGAGAAGUUUUGUUAACGAAUAAUACUAAUAUGGAUGAUGAUAACAAUAAAAAUGAUAUCGGUUGUAUUGUUUCUAGUCGAUUGAAAGUGAAUUGUGAGCAUGCAGUGAUUAUGUGUGAAGAUCAAACAAUCGCUGUAUUUCAGAAUUUAAAGAUACGUCAAAGACCAGAAAAUAUUCAACAUCGUACAGAACAUUUAAAAAUGGGUUUCCUUACUCGAGCCAAUCCUUCUUGGGAAUUUUAUAUGGAUCUAUUUUACGUUACAUUUCCAUAUCGAUAUAUAUUUCGUGAUAUUUAUCAAGAGGCGUCAUGUGUCAGAAAAUUCUUACUUAAACUACACUCUGGUAAUAUUACAUAUUUUCAUGUAAACGAUUACAUUUUUGAUCAAUCUUCGCCAACAUUUAUACAAUCAUCACCAUCGAAGUUUGAAAUAUCUUCAUCGUCAACUGCUCGAAAAGAUUUUAUACAACCGUCAACAUCAUAUAUUAAACAGGAUAGGAUUAUUCAUAUCAAAAAAUUCAUUAUUGAAAUUAAAGAUGAUCCAUUCGAAUGUAAAUUAAACGAUAUUCAUACUAUUUUGUUGGAUGAAUUCGCUAUUCACGAGAAACGUGUAAAUACACUACGUGAACAGUUUAACAGAGCGAUUCAUUCAGGCAUACGUAUUACCGAUGAAGAACGUCAAGCAUGUUUCACUCGUAUAGAAAUACAGCGUGCUCAAGAUUAUCGUAAUCGUUUACAUCGUUUCUAUCGUGAUUAUGCUUUUUCCGAUGAAUUAUUCACAUUUACUAUGGAUAAUCUAAAAAUCAAAGCAUUAGCUGAUGAAAGUAUUACACAUGAUGAACAAGUCAUAGCACAAAUGAAAAUUAUGGAUAGUGACAGUCCAUGGCCAAAUCUUACUGAACAAGAUUUUUCUACUUUAUGGUGUCGUAUUAUUACAAUGAAUGUUGAACGAUGGCGCUUUCAUCUACGUGAUUAUCCUAAACCAUGUUUGAAUAUAACCGAUCUUUUUCUAUGGGGUAAAUUAGUUGUAGCUGAACAGUUGGCUGAUAGUAAAGGUCAGCGUAAAGUUCCUAUUGAACCUGGUUAUCCGUGGCCAAAUUAUACACUAAUUCGAUCCAGUUCACCAACUAAAUUCUAUUAUGAUUUAAAUGCAGAUGUAAAAUCUUUUCAUAUAUGUUAUGGUGCUAAUUGGGAACCAACUGUAUCAUGGUUUAAUCAACGUUUAGAUGAUAUUAAACCAUUAACAAAAGACAAAUCUUAUCCACCAUUAGGUUGGUGGGAUAAAAUACGUUUACUAUUUCAUGGUCAUUUGUUAUUUGCUGUUGAUACAAUGCAUUGGUCAUAUUCAACAAGUUUAAGUCCAUAUAAUACAACGGAAUUUUUCACAUGGCAAUGGAAUCGUACUGUUGUGCAUUGGGAAAAUGGAGUUAUAAGAAUUGAUGGUGAUUUAGAUUUGGUCUAUCAAACUGCAUCAAAAUAUGAUGGAAUAUGUCGAUUAUUUCAUAUACCACAUUUAGAAAUGACAGUGAAAUUAGACUGGCUAUCAUUACGUGAUCCAAAUGAUCACCACUCAGUGAAAUAUUGUUGUACGGACUGUCUAACAACAAGGGAACAAACUCAGCACGAUUCCUUCAAAUACUUUCGGGCGAAUCGUUUAGCUAUGGAUAUUAACUUCACCGUAAAACCGCCUCCAACUGGAUCAUCUACUAUGGAUCAAAGACCUUGGUGUUCAUUCUAUACAAGUGUAUUGAAAUUUGCUGAUAAACUACGGAAUUGUCUGUCACAAAUUCCUCGUCCUAUUCGUCGUGGUUCUUUAUAUCAAUAUAAGCCACCAAGAAAGCCACAUUUUGGACGUCUACUUCAAUCAUUAGAAUUUAGUAUUAACAUGCCCCAAUUAGAAAUCAUCUUUUGGGUCUCCUAUGCUAAACGUACUGGUGUUCAUGUUACUACUGGACCAAUACAAAUUAUUGGCAAAUUAAAAUGUAAAAUAGAAAAUGAGGUUAAAUUUAAUCGAUUAAUUGGAAAAUUGAACACUUCAUUAGCCUCAUCGUCUACGUCUAUAAUCGUAUCAGGUGGUGAAUCAAUCCCAUUAGAUACUACCACUACAUCUAAUCUCAAUGAACAAACAACUAUUCUACGUCCAUACGUAAUGAUUCCACCAAAAUUAUCAAUCAAACGUAAUGGUUUAUCAAGACGUCCUAUUGUUAAUUGGAGUGUUUUAAAUUUAUUCGCUAGUGUACAUGAUAUUGCAAUACAUUUAAGACAUAGAGAUAAUCUUCCUGGUCCUUUAAUUCAAAUGUUAUUACAGUGUAUGAAUACACAUCAGAAUUGUACUAAUGAUAUUAGUAGCAAUCAUCAGUUAAACCAUCAUAAUUUCAGCAUUCAUGACAUUGAACAACUGGAUACUAAAGAAAUGAAUAAUGAUACGGAAGCAUUUAUUCUAGUCCCAUUAUUACGUUAUCAACAACUUUGUCCAACUGUUCUCCCGUCAAAUAUAACUGUACGUGUGCAUAUACCUGGACCACGAUCUACUACAAUGACAUCUGUUACCGAAUCUACAACUAAUACUACUAUCAAAGAAAAUAGUAAUAUUUAUAACAAUAGUUCUGGAAAUACUAAUCUCAGUCCUUCUAGCAUUGAAUGUCAUCUAAUUGAAUCCAUAAAGAACAAUACAUCUAUCAAUUCUACGUCUACAAUUACUGAGAAUAUAAGUGCGGAUGUUACAUCGACAUCACAUGUUGAUGAUGAGAAAAAAUUGCCAUUCAGUCAUAAUAAUAACAACCGUACUACUCAUAAUAAUACUAAUCAUAUACCAACCCCUAGGUAUAACUCUACUGCUACACCCUGCAGUAGUAACAAUCAGUUGACACAUGAAGAUCUCACUCCUGUUCAUCAUCUUGAAAUACAUGAAUUUAAAAUGCGAUGGACAGAACAACAUAGGAAUCUUGUUUACAUUCUAAUGGAUAGUUAUCGACAUGCUCAAUCGUUGAAAAAGAAUUUAUCAGCUCGUGCACUACAUGGAUUCAGAUUACAUCCUGGCGGUAGUAGUAAUGGUCAUACAACAACAAUGACAAGUGGUGGCGGUGGCACAGCUCUUAGUCGAAAUGCUCGUAGUGCAAUUCAAUUAACAAACAGUGUUAAUAAUAAUGGUUGUAAAUUAUUAAACUCUACGGAUAAACGUCCAUUAUCUACUGUUAUUCAACAAACUGAGUUAUGUCAUUUAUCUAAAUCGACUAAAUCAAAUUAUAAUGAUAAUUAUCUUCUGACGAAAAUGCCUACAAAUGAUGAAGUGUUACCAGAUAAUAUCGACAUGUCAUCAAAUUCUGUGACUAUGGUGACGGCGACAACAACAACAAAUAAUAAUAAUAAUAAUAACUCAGAAAUGGAGGAAAAUAAUUAUGAUCAUGUAUAUUUGUCAGCAAACUCAUCACCAUCGUCUGAGUCGAAUAAAACGAAGUUAACGUUUUUUAAACAGAUACCAAUGUUGGCGCAGUUAUUAGAGGAAGUGGAUACAGCACGUUUUUAUGCUUAUUGUGAAGAAGAACCCAAACAAACUGAUGUAGUAUCACAACUACAAGGUUUACAUAUCUGUGCGUCUAGUUUAGUUGCUGAACGUAAUUGGCAUUUGGAAUUAAUCAAUCCUCAAUUAAUGUUGAAAACAAAUCAUUUAGCCGGUUAUGUCUUAGUGUCCGCAGCCAGAGCCAAGUUGGAUGCGUUAACUCAUCCACCGAUAUGGAAAGAUUCACAAUUGUUGAAUAAAUCUAGUUUAGUUGGACAUUUGGAAUGUAUGCAAUAUUAUGCUACUGUUGGACAAGUUCUUCCAGAAACACCUGAUCAAUGGUUAUCUACAACUGAUGUUAGUGAUUGGACUCAUCAUAAUUUGAAUGCUGAUGAAGAUGCAUUAAGUGGACGACCUGAAGUAGUAGGUUGUGGUAGAUCCGUCGGUGGUGUAGUUACAGCAUGUGUUGGUUUUCCAAAAACACCUUCAAACAACAAUAAUAAUAUUAGUAACAAUAAGAAUUCAUUAACUCGAACAAGUACAUUGACCUUUGGUACAAAACUAAUGAGUAAUGAUGCGACACUCAAAAAUAAUGUUACUUUAACUUCUAUAAUGACUACAACCACACCAACUACUACUACAAUCACUAGUUCUACUUCUAAACUCCAUACGGAUAAUAUUCGUCCUAUUCAACUACAACGUAUGAUAUCUCGUUGUUCAUGUGAAGUAUUUUAUAUACAUUAUGAACCUGCUGAUCCAGCGAAUUUACCACUUCCACAUCUUAUCCCACCAUUGUCACUAGAUGAAACAGAAGUUGUUCGUAAUCCAGAAGGAGCUGACACAGUCACUUUAUUGCAUCAUACGCUAAAUGUUUCCACAAAUUCUCUCCAAUAUCAUAUGAUUGUAGAAAUUGUGAACGAUCUUCUGUUGUAUGUUGAACCACAAAGAAAGGCUAAAUUGGAACGUAAUCGUUUGACAUUCGGUUUAAUGUCUGAAUCACAAGUUCGUUUAGCUAUAUUACGUGAUCAAGAAACUUUACGUCGUUUGAUCUCUGAACAACGUCAGCUGGAACGUUAUUUAUGGUCAUACGUUAGACAAACUAUGCAAGAACUAGGAUUAAAUGCCAAUAAUACAUUAAUUGAUCAUUCAUAUCCUACAGCUUUUUAUCACUCUCCUACUACUGACAGUAGUAACAAUGUUACAUCGCGAGCAUCAAAUUUAACUCUGAAAUUAGUCGAUUGCAUACAAAGUGCUCGUCAAUUGGAAACUCAAAUUAAUCAAUUAAAAUCUCGUAUUAUUGAUUUAAAUGGUAUACUAUCACAGCGUUUAGGACAUUAUCAACAAUUACAAAUACAAAUUCAACGUCGACAUAUACGUAAAGCAAUGUCAUUUCGACGUUAUCAUCCAAUAAAUAAAUCAUCAGCAUGUUCAUCAUUAUUAUCAUUUAAUAAUGAGACUUUAUCAUCAAUUACAAAUUGUAAUAAUGUUAGUUUAGUACAAAAAACAUCGAAUGAUGAUUUUAAUCGAAUUAUUCAAACCAACAAUAUUGAUUCGGAAACUUAUAUACAAAAUAGAAUAAAUUUACAUCGUGCAUCUUCUAUAGACUAUUUGACUCAUCCUAUUACGAACACUAUGAAUAAUAAUAAUAAUACUGAAACUGUCAUAUCAGAAAGUGGUAAUAAGUCAUUGUUAUCAUCGUCAUUUAUGGAUGGUGGUGAUAGUAAACCAGCAGAAAUUGUUCGACGAAGUGAGGUGUGUUUUGAGCAUGCAAGAUGGCGUAUGACUGAAAAUGAUGGACAAAUAGGUUUAGCUGAUGUGGAACUACGUGGUUUUAUUUAUACAAAAACACAUCGUCAAGAUGAUUCUGGUUCACAUCGUUUAGAAUUAGGUUGGAUACGUGUUUGUAGUUUGGCACCGAAUUCAUUUUAUCGAGAAGUUUUAGCUCCUGAUGUAUCUGGUGGUCGUUAUGCUGGUGGUCCAAUUCUACGUAUUGCUUGUUCUGAUUUAGCUCCAGUUGGUGGAAUAUCUGUGAAAGAAGCGAUGGAAAUCAGUGUUGCACCAAUUUUAUUACAGAUGAGUAAGCAGUUCUAUAGGAUUAUGAUGCCUUUCUUUUUUCCUGAAAAAACUGAAGAUACUACUACUACUAAUACUGUCACCGCUACCCCUGUUCAUACUGUAACUGUAGCAAACCCAAUAGGAGACGGCAUUAAUUCAUCUGCAUUUACUAGUCAUCCGUUUUUUAUUCCACAAGACAAUGUUGGGAGUAGUAGUGGUAUCGGUAGUGUUGCAUUUCAUUAUCUGGAUUCGAAUCUCUCUACAAAUCCAAAUAAUCUACGUUACUCAUCAGAGAAUAUCGGUUUACCAAGUAAAUCAUGGCUACGACGUUAUCUAUCCCGAUAUUUACCUCAUCGUUUAAAGAAUGAGAGCGAAUCAGUACCAUCAGUUUCAUCAUCAUUACCACAACCAUUAAAUGUUAUCCAUAAAUCUCAUCAAUCAGAUAUUUUAGAAAACAUAUCGUCAGAUUUAUCUAUGCCGAUUGUUGUUUCAACUGCGGCUACAACAGUAACACUUACUUCGUCGUUGUUGUCGCCAGCAUCAGUGUACAUUCCAUCAAAUAAUUUAACAAUCGAAGCUGCUACAUCUGGACGAAAUUAUUGUAGUGUCAAUGAUGAUUGGAAUGCAUUGAGUAAUAAUAAUGCAACGGGAUCAGGGACUGAAACAACAGUAGCAUCGUCACUAUCGCUUACGUCUUCUUUUGCUACAACGUCUAAAUUAUUACAAAUGAUGAAUAUGCGCACGAAGUUACCCAUAACCGAUUAUUUACGGAGCCAAAACGAAUCGGAAUUUCCCAAUCUUUUCCACACGAAUGAAUCUGACGUUAAAUCAUCAUUAUCACAUAAUCAUAAAUCUAAUGAAUGUUUUUCAAUACCAUUGACACAUUAUUCAAAUUACAACGAUACUACUACUGAUAAUUUUAUCAUGUUAAUGCAACAACCAUCGAUAUGUUUACAACAAUUAUUACCUGUAAACAAUAUAUGCACAUAUUGUAAAUCGAUUCAUUCAACUUCUAGUAAUCAUCUUCAUUCUUUGAAUAUGUCAUGGUAUAAUCCAAUGAAUUAUGGAUCUCUACCAACGGAUCAAGUAACAUCAGUUAAUCAAAUCGCUAUGCAUCAUUCAAAGCAUAAUAUUAACAACACAAAUAUACCAUUGAAUCCAGUCGAUGUGAUGCAGGAAAGAGCUCGUCAAAACAAAGUAUUUCUAUACAUUAAAAUUCCUGGUUUUCCAAUACGAUUAAGUUAUAAGGGUGAAAAACAAAAAAAUAUCACUGAUGUAACACGUUUUGAAUUGUUUAUUCCAACACUGGAAUAUCAUAAUUGUGUUUGGACGUGGUUAGAUUUUGUGAUGGAAGUAAAAACGCGUAUACGUAAACAACUUGUUCGUGAAGUGAUAAAGAAAAAACUUACACCUCGACGACGUUUACCACUUCUACGUAUCUCUGGUACCAGUAACAGCAAUAAUGAUAAUAAUAGUAAUAUUUCUGCUAGUAGUAGUACUGAUUCUAAACCACACGAGUUAACAACAUCAAAUAUCCUGAUAUCAUCUGUCAACCGACUCAGUUCACUGACUCCUUCCGCUGUUACUAGCGGUCGUGCUGAUUCAACGAUACAUUCACCUGAUGUCGAUGAUGAUGAUGACCUAGUCGAUCCAACAACUGUUGCUGCACAAGAAGAAAAAGCUCAACGUGAUUUGGAAAUGAUAUUAGGUCGUCAUGCUCAAAUACAACCUAACAAGACGGGAAAACGAAAACGUUUCAAAUCGAAACCAUACUAAUUAUAUUUUCUCUUAUUGAAAUGCUAACUUCAUUUUGUUUGUUUUUAUGAUGGAUGGCUUGUAUUUUUCCAUGAUUGCUUGGUGUUAACAAUUAAGUUGAUGGUUAGACUUUUCCAAAAUUCUAUGUAUCUAAAAUGUGCACAAUCUUUCUUUUAUCACCAAGUAAAUUCAUUUUUAUCUUCUUCAUUUGUAUUUUUUAGUUGAUUUUCUGACAAAAAUGUUCCUUGUGAAUUAUUUACAUUAUAUAUAUAUAUAUAUAUAUAUAUAUAUAUAUAUAUAUUAUUUGUACAGCUUUACUAAUGGACAUUUCCCCAUAUGCAUUGCGUAAUAUUUGUUGGGAAUACCUUUACCAAUAAUACUGCUGUUGUGAUGAUAUCUUCAUUUUAAAUAAAUAUAAUAAAUACAGAAUCGCUCUGAUACUUUCAUAACUACAAAAUAUUACAAUGAUUCAAAGUGACGAUGCUGUUUGGCCUGAUAGAGAUACGUCUUCAGCUGAGACAGUAAGCGAACCUAAAAUAAUAAAUGCAAGUAAAAUAGAGAAAAUAAUUUAAUAUAAUGUGAAAUAAAUAGCAAGAUAUCACACCACCGUAUAACUGUUCCUUCCAUCUAUUAUAUAUGAGAUGCAUGAAUUUCAAUAGAUACUAUUCUGUUGUUUUCCUCAGCGUCUUUAUUGUCGUUUUCUUAACUUCUGCAUUAUUCAGUAUCUCAGUAAUUUGUUAGCUAUAAGCAGUUUACUUUUAACACCCAUAUUUAUUCAACAAGCAUUAGGUUUUAGUGUGAACAUUGAUAUAAAGAUAUAGACUGGUUCUAAAUAGGAUAAAGUACAUGUGGCGGCAGACAAUUUAAAGAAUAUGACUGGACUUUUUAUUUUUUAAUUUCAUGCUACUUUAAUGGUAAUAUAGGUAGUAAUAUUGACAUGGUUAAAUAUUUGUAGAGUUGACAUGUACAACUAUCUGUUACUAGGUUAAUUCGUUAACAUUUCGUGUUAAGUUUAUUCUCUGUCCUUGUUCUCUUCUCAUCAACCCUUUUUAUGUAUUGUUUUAUACUACUUAUUAAUAUUCAGUAAACAGUUGUGUUCUUAGCAAUUUCUACGCUUAUGUUGUAACUCAAGUUUGUCGUGUAAUAUUCUUAAAUAAUUACAUAUACUUAUAACAUUUAUUGUAUUUAUCAUUAUAAUUCCUUUCUCUCAAUCUCUAUAGCAGUUAUUCACAGUUUUUUAUGGUUGUUUUAUUUUUGUUUAAACGCAAUGGUUCACAUAAUUGUUUGCUCCGGGUUCUGUUUUUGCUUAUUGAUAAACUGUUAUCGUAUGUUAUAAUUAUUCUUGAUUUUAUUAAAGUAAAAAUCCCUUUUUCUUUCAAACUUACAGACACGCUAAAUGCCACAGAUACCUCAUAAGUUGAGUUUUGUAAGUAAUUUAUAUAUUAUUCCUCAAUGAAGAACCGUCUUUCAAACAAAUCGUUGUUUUAUAAACUUCAAUUUUACGUAUGUCUCAAUUAUAUGAUUUAAACACUUCGAUAGAGUUAACACUUAUCAUAACUAUUUAGUAAUUUCAAAUUGGUUUAUUCGAGUAGCUUCCUAAAGAAUUAUCUUGAUCGAAUUAUUUGAAAGGAAAAAGAACAUUACAAUUUUAUUGAUUGAAAACUACACUAGAAAUUUUUCCUUUUCCAUUAUUAGUAAGAUACUGGAUAGAAUAAAUGAAUGACAUGUGUUCAAGAAAGAAAAAAAAAAGAACAAUUCGUCCAGAGAGAAUAUUUCUUUCUAAAAGAAAACAAAGCAAACUUUUCUCUAAAAUUUAUAAUAACUAAUAAUAGUACCUAAAAUUUUAGGCGCCAACAAAUGUUUAAACUGUAAAUAGCUUUGUAAGUAUUCAUGGUGUGUCCAUCAUAUUUUUUUUGUAUAUUUUUAUGAAUAUAAUAUGUUGUAUACAACAAGUUAGCAGAUAAAUAUGCAUAAAAACUCCACCCGAAUUACGUUAUUGUUAUUAUUAUUAUUAUUACUAUUAUUUGCAUGUGUAUAAUACUGUUAUUGUCGUUUUGAAUAGUUUAUUUUUCAUAUAUAUACCCCUCCAUUGAUUAUACUUGUUUCUCAGUUGUUCAUUUUAUGACAGUAUCAUAAACAUUAGUUAUAUAUGUAUAAAUAUAUAAUUUUAGAGUAGAAAUAAAACUGAUGGGAUAGUAUGGAAACCGGUUUAUUUAUUAACAACACUAUAACAUGGAAUAGUAAAUAAACUGUUAAUUUUGUAUUGGGACAUUUUCAAUUUUACUCUUAUACUUUGUAUAUCACUCGUUCUAAUAAUCGUUACUAGAUAACUCUCAACGGUGUAUAAAUUUUAGAAGACAUUACAAAGUUAUGAUUACAGUUUAUAAUGGUACUUUGAAUAAUUUUUUUCUGGUUAGCGUUUGUUUAGGGAGUUAGUUUUCUACGGGAUGGGGUCGCUAACCCCAUGCCCAACCCCCCUUCAUCCGGGCUUCGGACCGGCAGUAGCCCUAACCUAACUAUUCUAAAACAUGUAUUGUUCUCACCUCUACAAAUAACGGUCAUGAAUAUUCAGGUGUCAAGAAAUAGUGUAGUAAUUAUGCCAGGAAAAAAACAUAUGGAUUCUUUUAUCUUGUUGAAUAUCAUACAUUAUUACUAAUAGUUAUUUCAGUAGCAUAUUAUUAAAAAUGUAUUUGAAAAUUAAAUGCAUUUAACAUUAAUCACUCUCCAUAACCCCACAAAGAAUAAUUAAUUAUCAAAAUAAGAGUAAAUAUAAAUAGUCUAUCCUUUCACAAAUUCAUUAGUUUCCUUUCCCAAUAUCAUCUAACUAUUCCCUUUAUUUUCCAUCGUCCACUACUUAAUACAUUUUCAAUUCAGUUUGAUUUCUUUUCUUUAUAUCAGGUUUUAAUCAGUAAACUUAGAUAAUCUUCAUUCAUCAUUCUCUUGGUUACUUUCAAAAUCACCAAUUAUCAAAUUUAUAGUUUACCUAUUCACACACCUACAUACCUAUAUUAAAACAGAAAAAAAAUAGAAGGUGAGAGGCGGACGAUCACACUUCGCAUAGAUAAAUUUUCUUCAUUACAUGAAGAAUUUAAUCUCGACAUUCAUCGAUUGUAAUUACACUAAUUUGAUCCCCAAAAAAAGUUUCUUAUAUUAUUAAGUCAAAGUGAUUUUUAUCUUGUUCCAUUAAGGUGUUUGUCUAUGUACAAGUUGCUGUUGUUGUCGUCGUCGUCUGUUUAUUUAUUUGUUAUUUUUCUUUUCAAUCGUGCGCGCACUCAUUUGAAUCAAAUCACAAAGUCAUUUAUCUUAUGUUGUGGGGGAGGGAGGUUCUUUUUUUUUCAUUCGAAAAGUCUGUUUCCUAGUUCCAUUACUACUCAUUCAUUCAUUUAUUUAUUUUAUUAGUAGUUUGAUAUGGUUGUUUCAAUUUCAUUGUAUUAAAUGUUCACUUUUUUUUCUUUAUCUUUGUAUGUAUAGCGGGGGAGAUUUGAUGAG